GAGUCUUGGCUCCGUCAUUGCCACGGCGCCUUUAGUUUCUGCAGUGGGUCCGGAACUGCGGAAAUGGCCAGGGCACACAUGGAGCAAGUGAUCAACAGGGAGAGAUCGACCGCUCUCCAAGACCCCUUCGAAGUUUUAGAUGCGGUGAGAGAGGCAUGCUCUGCAACCCCUGGGGCCCGAGCAACAAUUCGGAAUUUUCUUGUAUCUUCCAAGAACGAGAUCUUGCUGGAGGCAUCUGAUUUGGCCAGCCGAAGGGGAUUGAUUUUCCGACCUGACCAGAUGAACAUGGAGUAUUUGUUGAACCAACGUGAACGGGAAACCAUCAAAAUUUUGAAUGCACGGUACCAUUUGAAGUUCCAAAAGCAUCCAUGGGAGAAUGAGGAACUUGUGUACUAUCUAGGAGGCAAGGUUGUGACUAGCAUGGCAGUUGAUGACGAUGCCAGCGACCGUUCUUCGAAGCGUUCGACUCGGGAAAACCACAUGAAAGACAUCAUGGAAGCCGUGGAAAAGGUGAAAUGUGGAAAGUCCUUUUUGAAUACCCUGACAAGCAAGCAGCUUCGAUUGGGUUUCUAUGGGAUGUUCAGGCUUGACAAGAAGGAAUUGACCGAGCUCCUCACCACUGAGUACCAGAGGCUUGGCUCAGUGCUAUCCGGUGACAAGUCAUUGAUGGACUUGAUCAAGCUGGUUGAAAUUGAACUCUCGAGGAACACCACAUUCACUGUCAUGAACCUGAGCAACGGGCGUGCGAUGCUGGAGUCCAAAGGCGUCAUCAAAGAGUUGCCUACGCCAGCUGAGGGAAAGGCAUCAGAAACAUCUGCAAAGUCGGUCUCUGAGAAAAUGCCCAAUUUAGAUCUCGACACUAUUGUGGCAUCCGAUGAACCCACCGCCCAAGUUCCCAUUGCCCCUAUGCCCGGCCAGCAAAUUGGAAAGGGCGUGAACGAAAUUGGUCAGAAGGGGAAGGCCCUAGUUGCAGUUUGUCACUGUGACUAUGACCUUGCAGCGUGUGGGGCAUGUGGCAAGGGGUGGAGUCAGGAAAAGGCUGCAGGCCGUGAUCCGAAAAUGAUCCCAGAAUCUGACGUGAAGAAGCCCGGUGGUGGUGGUGGUGGUGGUGGACCACAGACCGAGGGCAAUGAUGGUGAAGCGGAUCAUGGUGGGGUGAAGGGUGAUGAGGGUGCCAAGAAGACUGAUCCACAUGAAGGACCCGCUGGUGGCGAGAAUGAGAAGGACAAGGAAGAUGAUGCUGUGGCAGAGCCGACAGUUAAGAAAGCGCGCACUGAUGACAGCACACCUGAAUCCACUGGCACAGGUGCCAAAGCAUCUCAGCAAUUGGCCAAAGCGUUUGGCAAGGGAAAGGCGGCCGCCAAGAGCAAGUCCUGA